AGAAGCUACAAUGAAAGCAAUAGGUGCACUUUUUGUCUGCAUACAGCUCUUGGUUUUGGUGAGCGGCCAAGACACGACCGAAGACACGACCGUUGAAACCACAGUUGAAACAACAACGGAGACGACAACCACGUCGACCACAACAACAACAACAACCACGCCGACCACUACUAAAUCAGCUAAGACAACCAAACCACCUAACUGCGCUAAAGGAGAUUUUGGCAAUGCUGUGAAAAAGUGCUGCGCAACGUCCUUGAAGGACAUCGCCGUUGUCACGAAUAAGAAGGACAAAUUUUGUCCUCAAUCCCCUGGCGCACUGAAAGUGUUCAAUAUGUUUACCUUCAACAAGCAGCAAAGCCUCAAGUCCGGCCUGAACAACAGCGUCAACUUCACGGAUUCAAAGAUAAUCAAGGGCUUGGCCAACGAAGCCAGAUUCGCCAACUGCUACCUGACCGCCAACGGAGCAUUUAACAACGUGACCAACACGUUCAACCUGACCGCUCUGCAGAAACUGCUGACUGCUAAUCAGGACCCCACCAGCCCCUGGGUGAAAAUCCUUGAAAGCGCUGCUUCAACGUGCGUCACCAAAGUCAAUUCUAUGAACCCUGCACAGUUUGUCCGCAAAGUUAAGGCCAAGGACGAACAGGUUGGAGGAAAACCGUUCUUUGUCGCCCAGUGCAUCGCAUUCGCAGCAAUUAAUUCUUGCCCCAGCAAAUCCGUUGAAAAGAAUGCGUGCAAGAAUCUGUACACUUUGUACGACCAGUGCAAGGGAUACCUUUUCCAGUGAUAGUGAAGAGAAGCAACCUCGUUUUUUCUUUGGAAAAAUAAAUAAAUAAAUAUACCAGUAUCGCAUGGUUGAAUUUUUA